AUGUGUUUCCUUGUUGUGGAGGUUGCUGUUGCACUGGGAGAUCCUUUGUACACUCAUUAUCAACGUCUUCAUUGUGAACUGGUGCCAGUUGAAUUUGGUUGUGCGGAAUUCUCUAUGAUUGAAAUGUAUAUUAAGAACACUCAUGCAGAAACACAUUCAAACUAUACUGUAGACAUUGUUCGAAUAUUUAGGACAUCAAGAGAAGGAGAGGCUGAACGCUUCAGAAAGUUUUCUAGUACAAAAAAUAGGAUGCUUUUGUGGCAUGGUUCUUGGCUCACAAACUGGACUGGAAUUUUAUCUCAAGGUUUGCGCAUAGCUCCUCCCGAGGCACCUGUAACUGGCUACAUGUUUGGGAAGGGGGUGUACUUCGCUGACAUGUUCUCCAAAAGUGCAAAUUAUUGCUAUGCUACUCGUACUGCUACAGAUGGGGUGCUCUUUCUAUGCGAGGUUGCAUUGGGUGAUAUGUCUGAGCUUCUAACUAGUAAAUAUGACGCUGAUAGGUUGCCAGAAGGAAAAUUGAGCACUAAAGGAUUAGGAGUAACUGCACCUGAUUUUUCAAAACCUCAGGAACUUGAGGACAGGCUCAUAGUUCCCCUAGGAAAGCCAAAAAAGAAAUUAGGCUUAAAGGGUGAUCUAUUGUACAAUGAGUAUAUUGUUUAUAACGUUGAGCAGAUUAGGAUGCGGUAUAUUGUUCACGUAAAUUUCAAUUUUAAGACUAAAAGUUAG